AAGUACUAACGAAGACAAAACGUACGCGUGUAGAGUGGAACUUAAAAGCCGGCUGCUAUUAACAACACACGAAUUUGUACAAGUUUGCAAUGUAUUUUGAAUUACUUCUAUUAGAGUCAGCUAUGAAUCAGUAAAUUACAUGGGGUCUUUGUGAUAAAAUCGACAUUUGUUUGUGCUAAAGGUGUGUUCGUGUUUCCAGUGAAGAUUAAGUUAAUUUGUUUUUGUAUUUCUGUAAUACGUUUUAUAUUAACGUAUAUAAGGACAUGGUGUGUAUAAGAAGAAGAAAAGAUAAAAUAUAUUGAAGUAGCUGCAGGGUCAUAAAGAAACUGGUUAGGCCAAAGCCGCGAGUAUAAGAUGGGGGACAGAGGCGCGGCGGGGGGCGCGUGGGGUGCGCGCGGCGAGGCCGCAUGGUGGCCUGGCGCAGGUGAACUUCAACAACACCAACAACAAAUAAAUGAGGAGAUUGCCCGAAGCACUAGUGCAGCUACCCAUCAAUUAUAUACUUACAAAAUGACAGGUGGAUUUACCAACAACAGUGGAGAAACUACUAAUUCCAAUUUUGAUUACCGUAUGAUUUCGGGUUCGAAUACUAGAGAAGAAUCAGCCCAGCAACCAUGGUGGUAUUCGUCUGCAAAUGUUGAAUCUCAUCAGUCAUCGUCUCCAACGGGCCAGAACCAGUCGAGCCCUGACCCAGAGCAGGGCAGCCCUCAAGAUCUCCAGCAGCAGCAGCAGCAGCAGCAACAGCAGCUGCAGGUGCAGAGCCAGAGUCUGCAACAACAGUUGCAGCAGCAAAAUUUGCAGCAGGUACUGCAAAACCAAUCGCUGCAGCAAACUCUGCAGCAGAGUCAGCAACAGACACUGCAACAGAUGUUGCAGCAACACCAACAACAGCAGCAGCAACAGCAGUUAGAGCAACAACAGCAACAGCAUCAACGACAGGAGCAGCAGCAGCAACAACAGCAACACGCAUUGCAGAAUCAACAGCAACAAGCAUUGCAGAGUCAACAGCAUCAAGCUUUGCAGAACUUGCAACAGACAUUGCAAGUGAGCCAGUCACAGGCGCAGGCCAUAGUGCAGGCGCAGGCGGCGCUGCAACAGCAGGUGGCGCAGACUCUGCAGCAGCAACAACAGACGCUGCAAGACCACAUACAAGCAAUACAGCAACAACAAAUUCAAGCUGCUUUGCAACGGCAAUCUGUUACCUUACAGGAGUUGCAACAGCAGCAGCAGCAAUCCCUCAUAAACCAGGCGACGGCACCCAAAGUGAGGAUGCCGAGGGCGCGAGCUUACAACAAACCGAGGGGGCGCAUGACGGCGUAUGCGUUCUUCGUCCAGACAUGCCGUGAAGAACACAAGAAGAAACACCCAGAAGAAAACGUCAUAUUCGCCGCCUUCUCCAAGAAAUGCGCUGAGAGGUGGAAUACGAUGUCAGAGAAGGAGAAGGCGAGGUUCCACGAGAUGGCAGAGCAGGACAAGAAGCGAUACGACCUGGAGAUGCAGAACUACGUGCCGCCUAAGGACGUGAAGGUGGGCCGCGGGCGCAAGCGGCAGCAGGUCAAGGACCCCAACGCGCCCAAGCGAUCGCUAUCAGCGUUCUUCUGGUUCUGCAACGACGAGCGCUCCAAAGUGAAGGCGAAUAACCCCGAGUACACUAUGGGCGACAUCGCCAAGGAGCUCGGUCGCCGCUGGGCCGCGGCUGACUCCGACGCCAAGGCCAAGUAUGAGGCGUUAUCAGAACAGGACAAGGCGAGAUAUGAACGGGAAAUGACAGCGUACAAAAAGGGGCCUUUAGCGUUAGUACAACAGCAGCAACAGCAACAGAGUCUUGACGACGUGGACGACGAGAUUGGCGAGUUUGAGUGAACGAUGUGGUGCCAUAGACUUAGUGUUGGAUGCACGCGGCAAUGUUCCUUAGUGCACUGUUGAAUAAUCAACUUUUAGGCCGGGUUUCCACUGACGCGGAGACGGGCGGAGAAGAGUGGAGAUGUGCGGAUUUGACCAAUCACAGCGUUCGAAAGAGCGAAAAACGAAGACGCUCUGUCACGGUGAUUGGUCGAUUCCUGCAUAUCUCAGCGUCAAUGGAAACGCAGCCAUACAAGCAGCUCGAAUAUUUUUGUAACAUUGUUUUCACAGACAAUGAUGAAUCUCAGUUUCAGAGUUGUGUGUUUAGAAAUUGUUUUCACCCACCAAAUUUUCUUUCACGGACCACGAAACAAGCACAUCGAUUGCACGGUUUCGCCCUGUGUUGAGAUUACCAGUAUAUUUUUCCAAUAAGCUAUUAGCUAGCUAUUUUGUUGUUAGAUAGGUUUUCUUUUCAGUGAUCGACUUUGUUUCUGUUGUCGAAAUUUUUAAAUUGUUUGUUUGACUGUUAAUUUUAUGUUUGCCCACUAUUUGGCGGUGGCUUUACAUUAAGUAACUAUGUCACUGGGGUACUGGAUAGUUAAAAUAUGAGUAAGCAAAACAUCGUGGGUUUAGAGUUUGAUGUACAUUGCACUAGUUUCGAAAGUAAAUUGUACCUGACGAUAGUAGAGGAGUAAUGUACAUCGAAGUACCGAGCUUGUUCAAAGCCCCGCACUUGUGUAGACGUACCACGAGGUCGAUUCGGAUAGCGUGGCCUUACACUUUUGGUGUCAUAAUGUCAGUAGAUAACUAGCGACAGGAACAAAAGUAAUAUAAGUUUGAAUAAUAAGUGAGUAUGGGUAAAGCGAGUGUGCGAAUGAGACUUUUAUUUGUAACAAUAAAUGUACAUAGUUAAAUUAUAAACUUUUAUUUUUCUUUAGAAAUUUUAUUUUAAAUUUGUUUAUUUUGUUAACAAAUUCUAGUGACCCUUGGGACAUUAUCGUCUGUAAAAAUUACUUUUAUAAGAGGAAACUGUAAGAUAGACUGGAAACCGUGAUAGUACUUAAAUUUGUAAGUUUAGUGUUAUUAUAGUCUUCAGUAAUGCUAGAUUUCCUCUGCUUGCUCGACACCCUGGUGAUGAUGAAAGUAUUUGUUUUGAUUUUUGUGAAUUUAAGGAGUAGUAUUUUGUAAGAGAGGUGUUUUACCAGUGUCACCAUGUUUAAUGCGGAGUCGUGUACACAUUUUCGAAACAACACACCGAAUUACUUCCAUAUUUGGUAAGGGCACAGACACGCGAACAAAGUUUGUCGUUGUUCAUUUAUCGUAACGGAUUCAAUCGAAAGUUUGUACACGUCUGUGAUAUUAUAGAUAAUAGAAAAACAUCGUAAUAAAUACGGAGCAGGUCUCCCAUAUUAACAAAUGUAUGAAUAGAAUUGCUAUUACAUUUGACCUUCUACAAAAUGACUACUAUUUUUUUCUGAGAUUCGCUAGGUCAUUUAUAUUGAUUCUACUCCACAGUGAUUGUCUAAGCAAUUCCACAAACUAGUUGUAAUUUAAGAAGUCCGACUAGUGAAAAAAAGAAAUAACUAUUUUUAAGAGUGUAACAAGAGAUAUAUUGUUUUGAAUUUGUAAACUUGCUCACUGUACAAAACAAUAUAGUGAAUCUUUUACACAA